CAGAGCAAUCCACGCUUCACACUGGAUACCAAAAAUGGUAAAAAAAACUUGAAGAUCUCAAAUGCACAACUGUCAGACUCAGCUACUUACUACUGCGCAAGAAGCUACAUCAGUGUUUUUAAAUUUCUAAAAGGUACUACUGUCGAUGUAAAGGAUUCAUCUUUGUACAUCCCAGCUUUGAUCGAUCAGUCAGCAUCUGAGCCCAUCCAGCCAGGAGGCUCUGUGACUCUGAACUGUACAGUUCAAACUGGGAGCUGUGAUGGAGAACACAGUGUUUACUGGUUCAAAAACUCUGAAGAAUCUCAUCCAGGACUCAUUUACAGCCAUGGAGGCAGGAAUGAUCAGUGUGAGAGGAACAGCAACACACAAACACACACCUGUUUCUACAACCUGCCAAUAAAAAAACUAAAUCUUUCUCAUGCUGGGACCUACUACUGUGCUGUUGCCUCAUGUGGACACAUACUGUUUGGAGACGGGACCAAACUGGACUUUGAGCAUGAGUCGGACUUGCUUGUCUUUGUGUACCUGUUGAGUGGAGCUUUGACAUUCACAACCAUCCUGGUCGUUGUACUAGCUUUCUCACUUUACAAGACAAACAAGAAAAACUGCAUCCAAUCAACAGAGCCUCAAGCAAGAUGUGCUGCCAAUGAAGAGGGUUGCCAAGACGUGGAGAACCUCCACUAUGCUGCUUUAAGGGAAAGCACGUCCAAAGGAACAAGAAGACAGAGGACCAACACAAUGAAUGAUUGUGUGUACUCAAGCAUAAAGCUGUAA